AUGUUUGGCCGGGCGAUGCACCAUAGCCGACCACGUCCGCCCCGAGUCCGUCAAGCGGGCGCCUGCAGCCGGUGUCACUUGAAAAAGAUCCGGUGUGAUCAGCUACUCCCUGCUUGUACGCAUUGCAACAAAGCUGGCACGCCUUGUGUCAAGUACGAUGCCAUCGCGAAGAGGGAUAUCCCUAGAAGCCAUGUCACCCACCUGGAACAACGAAUCCAUUAUCUGCAGCAACUCUUAGCCGAUAACGGGAUUCCUUUCUCGCACGAGCCUGAGAAUUGGCCGGACGUUGCGCCCCAGGAUGCAGCGCACUGGGCCUCAAAUCCAGACAGGCGUCGUUCUCCCAGUCCAACCAAUGUGGCGAGAUGUCGACCUCUCAACACCGACCGGUCCAACACAACGGAAAAUAUGCGAGUACAUAACUUGAGGCAAGCCGACGAAGCGACAUCAAAUGGACCCUUUACCGGAGAGUCGCCAUAUGUCAGCUUGGUUCCUGCAGGAGGCGGCUCGCGCAUAGGACUUCCAAUAUAUGCACAACCUCUGAAGGGCGUCCAGCCUGCCUCGAUACCGGUUCGGGAAGUGGCAUUUGAGCUCGCACGAAUCUAUUUCGAAAGGUCAAAUAGCCAAUUACCGAUCCUAUGUGAAACAGAAUUUAUGGAGCUCUUCGACGGCAUCUACGAUGGGGACGACUCCGCCAAGUCUCCGUACAGUCUCUUCACUCUUCAUAUGGUUCUCGCGAUUGGAAGACGCUUGCAAGUCUGUCAUGAUCUUUUCAAAACUAACUCUGGCGCAACGAACCAUCACAAAAGUCCUUUGAACGUUGCCGACGGGCCGGAAAACUACUAUACGGCUGCGACAUCGCAACUGGAGCUGCUGCUAGGCUCACUUAACCCCCGGGGCGACUACCUGUCAGGGCUGACAGAACUUCAGGUUGUGCUGCUUAUCUCAGCGCUCUCAUUGAUGAUGCCGGUAGCUUCGGGACUUUGGUACACUGUAGGUGUCGGCGUUCGGCUGGCGGUAGAUCUGGGACUGCAUCGAGAAGGUGGACGUUUUCCUGGGCAUCAAAGUGACGCAGCGGCCGCGCCGACUCGCGACCACCCCGCUGUAUUGUCCCCCGAGCGGACGAAAAAUCUGAAAAGAAGGCUUUGGUGGUCUGUUUACUCGCUUGAUCGCAUUCUAUGUAUGUGUACAGAGAGGCCGUUUUGCGUGGCAGACGAGGUCAUCAGUACCCGGUUUCCAUCUCUCUGGGAAGACCUGGCCACGACGAGAACGGGCACUACGACCUGUGCUGCUGAGAGACGAGCAGGCUCGAAGCUGAUUGCACAACACUGCUUCAGGUACCGGCGUCUACAAUCGGAAAUCCUACAAGUUGUGCAGAACCGGGAGGCUCGAGAUGCGUGGGCACCGGCGGAUCAUGACAGCAGUCCAUCAGGCCCUAUGCCGCCAGUGUCAUCCUUCCUACACGGCUCGGUUUCCUACGAGGCAUGGCGCAGUAGCAAGGCCCAGAGUCUUCGAGAAUGGAAAGAGUCUGCUCCGACCCAAGAAGAGACGGGAAUCGCAUUUAGCGAGUUUUUCAACAUGAACUAUUGGCAAGCAGUAAUGAUGCUCUACCGGCAACGCGUUGAUUUGCCCGAAGCCUUCAAACAGAAGUUUGCCACAACACAGGCAAUCAUCUGUCGAGGGCCCAUCCACGACGAGCGGGACGACGAAGACGUGCACCUGAUCCUUGCAGAGGCAGGGCAACACGUGAUACGGCUGUACAGGCAACUGCAGCAGCGCGGUCUCCUCUCUUAUCCGUAUCUUGCUACACAUCACAUUUUUCUGGCUGCAACCACCCUUCUACACUCCUUCUGGCAUUCCCGGCGUGUACAGGAGAAAAUAAGCGUCGAAGAAAUAGAUCUGCUUAAUCUAGUGGCCUGUUCGGUCCUCGGAGCUCUCGCCGAGCUCUGCUCACCAGCAAAGCGCUGCUUAGAGGUCAUCGACACCAUGAGCAAAAGGACGACCGAGAUGUUUCUUUCCAAAGCAUCCGCAAAAGCCAGUCCGAGGCCAAGUGUCUUCACUUCCAAAUUUCAACAGCCUCUUACACGCUCUAACGGCCACGUCGACCAUGCACCACACCGUGACUCUCCCUGUGCAGGAUCCGAAGAUAGACAAGCCUCUCGACCAUCGACUAGCACAGAGAUUCCUUCUUCUCCCACGAGACAAACGCGACCAGAGCUUGCAGAUGGCAACACCCGCCUUGGGCCUCUCCUGUCAUCUAUGGAUCCUGAUCCUGAUGCUUCACAGGAACUUGGGAUUAACGGAAUAAGCGUCGACGACCACUGGUGCUUAGAGUCGGAUAUCCAAGAGGACUUUCCUUCUAUCUAUGGGCCCUUUGAGGAUUUCUUCUUUGGGCAGAACUAA